AUGUCCAAGGCACUCGAGUCAGCAGCCGCGCUACCUGUGCAGCCACCUCCAGACGUAGCGCCGCCAAAGAAGAAGCAGCCGUAUCCGUUCUGGCUCGGAGGCGUUGCCGCAACUAUCGCCGCAUCCAUAACCCACCCCCUCGACCUUACCAAGGUGCGCAUGCAAGCGACCGGCGACAAGGGCAUGGUCCAGUCGCUUCGUAAGACCGUGCGCACGGCGGGCGCCCGUGGUCUCUUCGAUGGUAUCACAGGGACGUGGCUGCGGCAGAUGUCCUACUCCCUGUGCCGCUUCUGGGCAUACGACGAGAGCAAGAAAAUCGUGGGUGCAGGCUCCCAAGCGCCCGCGUGGAAGCUCGCGCUCGCGGGCAGUAUGGCGGGAGGCAUUGCCGGACUGGUCGGGAAUCCGGGAGAGAUCAUCAUGGUCCGUUUGCAGGGCGAUUUUGCAAAGCCGCCAGAAAAGCGACUGAAUUACAAGCAUGCCAUCGAUGGUCUGUUUCGCAUGGUACGCGAAGAGGGAUGGUCGUCACUGAGUCGAGGUGUUGGCCCCAAUGUCUUCCGUGCGGUCCUCAUGAAUGCCAGUCAGCUCGCAUCGUAUGAUUUUACCAAGGCCGAGUUGCUGAAGACGGGAUACUUUGAGGACAACAUCAACGUCCACGUUGCUGCCAGUGUCGUUGCAGGUACGGUGGCGACGACUGUCUGCUCCCCCGCUGACGUUAUCAAGAGCCGUGUCAUGAGCGCGUCGGGCAAAGAUGGCGCUGUAAACCUUUCCCCCGCACGAACUUGCUUCAUCUGCAUCAUCGGCCCUGUCGUUCCCGUCGCGCACGCGCGAGGACAGUCGACGAUGCAAGUGAUCCGGUCGUCAUUCCGCAACGAGGGCGCGAUGUUCAUGUUCAAGGGCUGGCUUCCCGCGUGGUCACGGCUGCAGCCCACGACCAUUCUCAUCUUCGUUACGCUCGAACAACUCAAGAACGCCGUAGACUGGACGCGCUCCAUUCGCGGGCAAUGA